AUGGAGCGUCGAAGUCUUUGGUCUGAUCUUGAUGAUCUGUGCCCCCUGAACAAUGAUCCUUGGAACAUUAUUGGGGACUUUAACACGGUAUUAGCAUCUGCAGAGAAGGUGGGGGGCAGUGAUAUUUGCUGGAGGAGUGUUCUAGAUUUCAAACAAUGUCUCCUUUCUUGUAUCCUCAGUGAUAUCGGUUUCAAGGGCCCCUCUUUUACUUGGAGGAGGGGUCAUCUCCAGGAGCGUCUCGACAGGUCGUGUGCCAAUGAGUCUUGGAACCUGGCUUGGCCCAAUAGCAUUCUUACUCAUUUGCCAUUUUUCUGCUCUGACCAUAGACCGAUGCUUCUGGUCAACAAGCCUCAGUCUUUGGUGCCUAGGCUUUCUAAGCCCUUUCGGUUUCUUGCGGGGGGUGGUUACUAUCGGAAGACUUUGGUAAUAUUGUUAGCAGUUGUUGGGAGGCAAAUGUCGGCUGGAACCAAACUAGGAGCACUUUUGAGCAUAAUGUUUCCGAUUGGCAUCGAUGAGCUAGUCUGGUACCAAAGGUCCAGAUGUAACUGGUUGAAGUAUGGGGAUAAAAAUACCAAGUUCUUCCAUGCAUCUACGAUUUCUAGGAGGCGUAUAAAUAAAAUCCUAGCUCUAAAAAAUAUUGAAGGGUGUUGGGUGAGUGACGCGGAGGAGCUUAUUAACCUAGCGACUUCUUAUUUCAUUAGCUUAUAUGCUGAGGACAUUGGUGUUAGACGGGCUUUCCCGUUAAGUAACAUGUUUCCUACGAUUGAGCCACACGUCAAUUUGUCUUUGAGCUUGGUUCCUGAUGACAUUGAGAUUAGAAGGGUGGUUUUCAGCAUGGGCAAGCUAAAGGCCCCGAGCUCGGACGGUAUUCAUGCACUUUUCUUGCAAACUCAGUGGAAAUCUGUCAGGGAUUCCAUUUGCACGCUUAUCAGAUCAUUUUUCUCGGAUCCGAACCGCAUUGAGGAGGUUAACCAAACCCUCAUUUGCUUUAUUCCAAAAACAGAAUGCCCUGACUCCAUUUCGAAUUUCCGUCUUAUUAGCUUGUGCAACGUUUCCUACAAGAUUCUUACCAAGUUGUUAGCUAAUCGCCUCAAAGAUUUUAUGCCUUCUUGGAUUUCCCCAAACCAGUGUAGCUUUAUCUCGGGUAGGCAUGGUUCUGAUAAUGUAAUUAUUGCCCAGGAAGUUGUUCAUUCAAUGAAGAAGAGGAAAUGUGCCAAGGGGUGGAUGGCCAUUAAGCUGGAUCUUGAGAAGGCUUACGAUCGCCUUAAUUGGCAGUUUAUUCAUGAUACUCUCAUUGAUUUGGGCCUUCCUGAUAUCCUGAUCAGGCUGAUUGAUAGUUGUGUCUCUUCCUCCACAAUGAACCUGCUCUGGAACGGCAAUACAACUGGUGACUUUAAACUUUCCAAAGGCAUUAGGCAAGGGGACCCCUUAUCUCCAUACCUUUUUGUUUUGUGUGUGGAAAGAGUAGGUCAUCUAAUUAAUUCAGCCUCACAAGCUGGCAGUUGGAAGCCGAUUGCUCUUGGCUCAAUUCCUGGAAUGCUCUCGCUAGCUGGUAGAGUCACUUUAGCCUCUUUGGUCUUGACGGCUCUUCCCACCUACUCCAUGCAAACUUCGGUGCUCCCUGCCUUAAUCUGCCAUGACUUGGAAAAACACACGAGAAGUUUUGUUUGGGGAUCUUCGGCUUCCCGUAGGAGGGUGCAUCUUGUUAAUUGGGAAAAGUUAUGCUCUCCCAAGGAGGAAGGGGGUCUGAAUCUGAGGUCCCUGUGUUCUUUCAACAAGGCCUUUGUGAUGAAACUUGGCCAUGGGUUACUAACCAACUCGGAUGCGUUAUGGGUUCAUGUGCUAAGGAACAAAUACGGGGUUGGUGAGGACCUCAUUACUUUCCUCUCAAUUAGAAGUAAUGUGUCGAAUUUGUGGAGGGGUAUUACAAAGUCUUGGGGGGAUAUUCAGGCCGGUUCUAGAAUCCUCAUCGGUGAUGGGAUUAAUACUAAGUUUUGGACUGAUCGAUGGCUUCCUAACUUAGCUUUGCUGGAAUCCAAGGCUUGUGCUCCCAUCCCCGACGACUUCAUGGAUUGGAAGGUGGCGGAUGCUUCUACUAAUUCGGGGUCUUGGGAUUAG